CAUCCAGGAAGUGUUGCCGCGAGAGAAACCAUAGCAAAAAUGGCAGCGCACAGGUGCGGUUUGUCUCCUGUAAUCAUUUUGAUUGUUUUUAGUUUAACUCACCCCAGUAGCUGUGACACGCUUGAAAAAUCAAACGAUAAUACAGGAGAAAAACAGAGCGUAUCAGACGCUCUGCGUGAAGUGAAUGCCGAUGAAAGCAUCGCUGGAGAGAAAACGAAUGAAAGGCAAUGGCAGUCGACUGAUGUUGAGCUGGACAGAAGCGAUGGCACGAAAGACAGCGAAUCUUUUAGACUAGCACCGGCGAAAGAUCAGUUUGAGGAGGAGCUGGUCAUCCGGCCCCUGCACUCCGGGGACAUUUAUGCCAGCUUCCAGUUCCGCACACUAUGGGAUACUGACUUCCUGCAAGAGGGACAGAAAGUUUCUCACUACCGGCUGUUCCCCAAAUCCCUCGGCCAAGUGCUGUCCAAGUUUUCAGUGCGAGAGCUGCACAUCUCCUUCACGCAGGGCUUCUGGAGGACCAUGCAGUGGGGGCAGCCCUUCAUCCCCUCUCCACCUGGAGCAGAGCUGUGGGUCUGGUUCCAUCACACAGUCAGCGAUGUGGAUGGAAACUGGAAGGAGCUUACCAACGUCCUCUCUGGAAUCUUCUGUGCGUCUCUGAACUUCAUUGACCUGACCAACACAGUACAGCCCAGUGCUUCUUUUAAACCGCUGGGUCUGGGGAAUGCUACAGAUCACCGUUUUCUACGAUAUGCCACAUUACCACGUGAAAUCGUGUGCACUGAGAAUCUGACACCCUGGAAGAAACUUCUCCCUUGUGGUUCUAAGGCAGGUCUGGCUGUUCUUAUGAAGUCAGAGAAGCUGUUUCACAGCAGUUUCCACUCUCAGGCAGUUCACAUCAGACCUGUCUGUCAGGAUGAGCAAUGCACAAGUAAAGCAUGGGAGCUGAGACAAACUCUCAAUGUUGUGUUUGAUCUCUACACUUCAGGCCAAGGCAAAAAGGAGUGGUCCCUGUUUAAGAUGUUUUCUCGAACACUGACAGAGGCAUGUCCUCUUGCUUCUUCUAGUAAAGUCUAUGUGGACAUCACAGACAACCCUGAGGGGGAGCUGUUUGAGUUGAGUCCUGCCACUCCUCUGCUCAGCCAAGCUGUAGUGCUGGGGGAUCGCAGGACAUAUUCGGUAUAUGACCUGACCAGAGCUGAGACGUUCGGCCAGUUACGGUCACUCAAUCUCCUACUGCGCUGGAAAGGGGACAGCGGUGAUAUGCUGCGUCCUCUGCUUCAUGCAGAGCGGUACGUGGCUGGUUUUGGGCUGCAGACAGGGGAAAUUCACACAGUCAUCCAUAAUAACCACCCAUAUCGGGCUUUUCCUGUACUGCUGAUGGAUUCAGUGCCCUGGUAUCUGCAGCUGUACAUUCACACCCUGACAGUCACCAGCAAGUCCCGUGAUAACAAACCCAGUUACAUUCACUACCAGCCCGCUAAAGACCGCCAUCGUCCUCAUCUACUGGAGAUGCUGAUCCAGUUACCGCCUCACUCGAUGACAGAGGUCACGGUACAGUUUGAAAGGGCCCUGCUCAAAUGGACCGAGUACACCCCUGAUCCCAACCACGGCUUCUACGUUGGGUCCUCUGUGGUCAGCGCCCUUGUGCCAAGUAUGGUUGCAAUGAACACCAACUUCACACAAGACCAACCGUUGUUUAGCAGUUUUGUCCCAGUUAAAGAAGAAUCGAGCUACUUUGUGCGAGUGUACACCGAACCCCUGCUGGUAAAUCUACCCACGCCUGACUUCAGCAUGCCCUACAACGUCAUCUGCCUCACCUGCACAGUGGUCGCGGUCGGCUACGGCUCCUUUUACAACUUGCUGACCCGCACGUUCCAGGUGGAUGAACCGAGUCCACCGCUCGCCAAACGGUUGGCCAACCUCGUUCGUCGCAUAAGAGGAGUGCCACUGCUGACCUGACUGCCGAGAGCAGGUCUGAUGCCUGAAAUGUCCAUAUUAAGCAGCUGAGAGAAUCAGGACUCUAAACAGCAUCUGAUGGAGUUUAAAGAUGCUUUUCAGCCCUGGAACGACUCGAUGCCAAGUGACUGUUGUUGUGAACUUUUGUUGAACAAGUGAGCUUCCAAGACAGAUGGAUUAGCCACCUUUUUAUGUUUUGUUUUGUGAGUCACAUAAGCAAAGAUUAGCCACCUUUUUAUGUUUUUUUGAGGGUUU